CUCAGUUAGAGGCUGUUACAUGUACUGUACAUACCAUCACCCACGUUAACCCCGUGUAAGAUGUUUGCUUUACUCGGACUUUCCAUAUUCCUUCACGCCACCGCCGCGGUCGACGCAGCUGGCUUGACGGUCGAUCUCGGCUACGGCAUAUACACGGGUGUGUUCAACAGCUCCUCGGGGCUCAACGUCUGGAAAGGCAUCCGAUAUGCGGCACCGCCCGUGGGGCCACUCCGAUGGCAGGCGCCUCGGCCUCCGCCCGGUGCCAACCGCACUGCCAUCCUGGCCAAUACCUUUGGACCAGCUUGUCCCCAGGCACUCUCCGCCAAACCUGGAGCUAGUGCAAUCUUCAUUCCCGGGAACGAGGACUGUCUGUUUCUCAACGUCUAUGCCCCGGCAUCAUCGGGCAAUGCUUCGGAACCCGGGUUUCCUGUUCUUGUCGCCAUACACGGCGGCGGGUACGGCCUUGGCGAUGCAUCGCAGGACAUGGCUGGCUUUAUCAACACCAAUAACAAUUCAUUGGUUGCUGUUACAAUACAGUACAGGCUAGGGGCGUUUGGCUUCCUGUCCUCUCCGGAAGUCAAGGCCAGGGGUGUGCUCAACGCCGGUCUCCUAGACCAGAAACUCGCACUGGAGUGGGUGCAGGAACACAUCUCCAAGUUCGGAGGCGAUCCGGACCGAGUGACGGUAUGGGGCGUGUCUGCAGGUGCCGGCUCCAUCUUGUUGCAUGCUACAGCACAAGACGCCUCACUGGGCACCAGUCUUUUCAGGAAUCUGAUCGCAGCAUCCCCCUGGAUACCGACUCAGCCAUAUUACGACGACCCAAUCCCUACUCGGCAUUACCGUGACUUUGCCUCACUGUCAGGGUGCACGUCGCAGCAAAACACGUUUGACUGUCUGGUGUCUCGGGAUACACUGACGCUACAGUAUGCCGCCCAUUUGGUCUCGACAAACCCCCCGACUCCUCAUGGCAACUGGGCGUUUAUUCCAGUCACUGAUGGGUUCUACAUCACGGGGCCGCCCAGUAUACAGCUCGCUAAGAAGCGAGUCAACGGACAGCGGUUGCUAGUCGGGGCAAGUCAAAAUAACGCAAACGAAGGUUCCCUUAUACCACCAUCCACUAUCAAAACACAGAAUGACCUGACCGCCUGGCUCAAGGAGAACUUCCCCAGCUUGUCACAGGCAAACAUCAGCAGCAUCCUGACCGCCUACCCAAGCGAUGCCGGCCCAGUCGAUCCCAGCGCUGCAAGGUUUGAGACAGAUGGCUACGGUCCCGCAACAGCACUCAACGUCAGCCAGGUGGCUACCGGGCAACAACAACGAGGCUAUAACAUCUACGCCGAAGCAUCCGUGAUAUGUCCAAGCUAUUGGUUCGCCAGCGCUUUCUCCGCCUCGGGCAAAGCCGCCUACCACUACCAGUAUUCCGUCCCGUUCGCCGUGCACGGCUCAGACGUUGCAGCUUACUUCGGGCCCUCAACUGAGAAUCAGGGGCCAGAUCUUGUCACUGCUUUUCGAAGGAUCUAUGGCAAUUUCAUUACAAAAGACGACCCCUCAAUAUCAAGUUUCGACGCGAACAGCUGGUCGUCUCCUAGUCGAGACUUACCAAACUCGGCUAGCAGUUGGCCUCAAUGGACAGAUUCCACCCCUUACCUCCUGAACCUCAACCAGAGCGGCGGCACUCGGUACACCACCUUGUCAGCCGUCGGCGUUGAGGUGACCCAGUUCCGCAACCCCGGGCUGCGCAACAACAUCACCCUGGCGGAUGCGUAUCAAUGGGAAGGCGGCCGGGGGCGUCGCUGCGAUUUGUGGAAGCAGCUUAGUCCAUAUGUUCCGCAGUGAGAAUUCUUCUUCAUAG